CACGCGCACCUCGAAGCUGAGCUACAACCAGAUGCAGAGCAUGCUGCAGACUGAGUUUGGUGGAAUGAACGAAGUCCUCGCCGAUAUCGCGUUCUACACCAAAGACGCAAAGUGGCUCAAAGUUGCUCAGCGCUUUGACCAUGCUGUCAUCUUCGACCCUCUGCAACAGAACGUUGACAAACUUGCUGGCCUGCACGCCAACACCCAACUUCCCAAGUGGAUCGGUGCUCUGCGCGAGUACAAGGUCGGUGGUGAUAAGAAGUACCUCGAAAUUGGCCGCAACGCAUGGAACAUGGUCGUCAACAAGCACACCUACGCCAUUGGUGGAAACAGUCAGGCCGAGCACUUCCGAGCUCCCGAUGCUAUUGCUGGGUUCCUCACAGACGAUACUUGCGAGGCCUGUAACAGCUACAACAUGCUGAAACUCACUCGUGAGCUUUGGGCCUUGAACCCAACUGACGCUUCAUACUUUGACUUCUAUGAGAAGGCCCUGUUGAACCACCUGCUUGGUCAGCAAGACCCCAGCAGUGAUCAUGGACAUGUUACGUACUUCACGCCUCUCAAGGCAGGUGGCCGUCGCGGAGUUGGUCCUGCUUGGGGUGGCGGUACCUGGAGUACUGACUACAACUCUUUCUGGUGCUGUCAAGGUACAGGAGUCGAGACCAAUACCAAACUCAUGGACUCGAUCUACUUUCACACUUCUGAUACUCUCUACGUCAACCUCUUCACUCCUUCGAAGCUCAAUUGGUCUCAGAAGAAGGUUUCUGUCACUCAGACAACUGACUUCCCUGAAAGCGAUACAUCAACAUUCAAGAUCUCUGGUGAUACUAGUGAAUGGACUCUUGCAGUCCGCAUCCCAUCUUGGACCUCUAAAGCCUCCAUCAAGGUCAACGGCCAAGCUGGGAAUGUGGCCAUCCAGCCCGGCAAGUACGCUCUGAUCAAGAGACAGUGGAAGUCUGGAGAUACUGUCACAGUCCAACUCCCCAUGAGCCUGCACACUGUUGCCGCCAACGACGAUCAGACCUUGGGUGCAAUUGCUUUUGGUCCAGUCAUUCUGGCUGGUAACUAUGGACAGUCUACCCUGAACGGCAACCCUACGAUUGACCUGGCAAGUAUCAAGCGAAAGGGUAACACUGAUCUGACAUUUGGAGCUACUUCUGGUGGAAAGGCUAUCGAGUUGGGUCCUUUUUAUGAUGCUCAGGGAUUUAACUAUGCUGUUUACUGGAAGCUUAGUGGCAAGCUUUCAGGUUGAUUGGUUCUAUACUGGGCUUGGGGGACAUUGAAACUUCGUGGUAGUUAUAAAUCGAGGGAGCGAGGCGCAUGAGGAAGUAGCUGGGAUCUUUUCUUUAGAUUGUAG